UAUCCACAGCGACAUACAAACAAUACAGCAUAAGAAAGUAUGCCUACGGCAAAAAAAUCAAGGAUGUUCACUUCAAAGGACCAAUUCAGCCCACUUUUUCUGCUGGUAUAAAAGAUGGGUUGAGCUGUUGGCCCGCAGCAUAAUCGGAGUCAUCUGUUUACUAGGAAGCAUGUUCGUGAUGUAGUCGAAUGAAUGAGGUGUUCGCAGUGUUGCUGUGGAGAGCGAGUUGCCAGAAGAAACGUUUCUUGUAUUCACUGCAAGGUGCUUUAUGUGGAGAGAUCAGUUGGUGUAGGUUAAUGUCUGUCUCUGUGUUUGUGCGUGUUAUAUCUGCUCCAACAUUCCCAUGAGAAAUAUGUUACCACCCGUGAAAAAAGACCGGAUCAUAGCUCAGCUUCCCCAGUGUUUCACUCCAAAUGCAGCCCUGCACACCAAAGAAAGCUUCCACACGCAGGUGACAUCUGCCUGCCACGGACAGAAGACUGGCCCAGUGGGGUUUAACAUUGCUAAGGUGAUUGUUGUGGGGGAUGUGGCUGUGGGGAAGACCUGUCUGAUCAGCAGGUUCUGUAAGGACAUGUUUGAUAAGAAUUACAAGGCUACUAUUGGGGUGGAUUUUGAGAUGGAGCGAUUCGAAGUGCUGGGUGUACCUUUCAGUUUACAGCUAUGGGACACAGCUGGACAGGAGAGGUUCAAGUGUAUUGCUUCCACAUAUUACAGAGGAGCACAGGCCAUCAUCGUGGUAUUUGACUUGAGCAGUGUGGGAUCUCUGAUACAUGCCAGGCAGUGGCUGGAAGAUGCUAUGAAGGAGAACGACCCCUCAAGUGUGCUCUUGUUUCUGGUUGGAACCAAGAAGGACCUCAGUUCUCCUGACCAGCUGGAAUAUAUGGAGCAGGAGGCCAUCCGACUGUCUGAAGAGAUCAAAGCAGAGUACUGGGCAGUGUCUGCUAAAUCAGGUGACGGCGUCAAGGACUUUUUCUUCCGGGUCGCGUCUCUGACCUUCGAGGCCAACGUGCUGGCAGAGCUGGAGAGGAGCGGGUGCAGGCAGAUCGGUGACAUCAUCAGGAUCACUGACAGCACGGAGGAGCAGCACAAACCGACCAAGAAAAAAGCAAACUGCUGCUGAUAGGGCGGAGAAUACCAACAAGGCGCUGGACAUUUAUACAGAGUUGUUUCGGUACAUUUACGCGAAGCUAAAUGGGACAACCCAAACCAAAUUCUGGAAUCCACAAUCUGUCGGAAAAGAGUUCCGGAACCAUUGGCACCAAUGGACUAUUAUUGUAGAUCAUUGUAGAGUAGCAGGAAACAAUUAGAACUCAAAGGGAUCAUCAGAAGAAUCCAACCGUGGAACCAGGCCUAGUAGCCUCAGCAAUCACAAGACCCUGGGCUGAGGUCAACGCUGUCAACAACAGGCCUGUUCUCCAGAUACAACUGAAAGUGAAGAUGAUAGCUACCAUUGCUAACAACCAGUCUUAGACUCACUCUGUCCUCGCUGGUGCGUGCAUCAGACAUGGCGCACAGCGAGAUCCCAUGUUAUUGUCUCGAAUCAUGUGCCUCUCUGAAGAUAUGUUGUUUCACUGGAGAAUGAGACGUCAGCAGACCUAAUGGCCUUUUUUGUUUUGUUUGCUGGGUUAUUUUCCUCAGUCUCCUCAAGCCGUCAUGUGUCUGAGCUGCUAAUGGGAUGCGUACGCCUGUUCCCAUGACCCCACUCAACACAGCUCGUCUCCAGAAACACUCAUCUCUCAUGCUCCCAAAAUGGAGGGAUUGUUCGCAGAGACGAGGAGAAUGUUUUAUUUAUAUCCGAGUCCAAUCACAUUAUGCGAAACACUGGAACAGGCCUACUACAGUGGUGUGUUCUGUAGAAUGUUUUUGCAGUUUGUUAUGGCAGCAUGAAUAAAUGUCAUGUUAAAUCAGUUAUUUCACUCA